GCGAAAACUGCAAAAGCAAAAGCAGAAGGUAAACAAGAAUGUGAAAGUUGAUUAACUAACAACCCUUUUCCAUAUGUGCAUUUACUACAGCUUAUUCCCCAUGGAGAUGAACCACUGCGGAUGGAGUAUGACAUGAACAUAAGACACUUGAUAUUGAAGACUUCUAUGCAUCCAUAUGAAUUCUUCGGAAUCGUAUUCUUCCUUAACAGCUCUCCUUAUCUGGAGACUCUUACAUUGGAUAUAGGCCCGGGAAGAAUUUUUUAUUCGAGGGCGAAAACCUUGAUAGGUUCUGGCUUGUGCGCUCCAUCAGAUACACGUGUCGUCAAAAGUCUUAAGAUUGUGGAGGUAAAAGGCUUUAAGGGGACAUUGCAUGAACUGUGCUUGCUAGGCCGCUUGAUUAUCUAUGGCAAGGUCUUGCAACACAUGUAUGUUACUGUUUCAAAGGAAGAGGAUGGUAGUGGUGGAAAUGAGAACUUAUACCGAGCAAGAGCUAAUGGGAUGCUGGCAUUCCCAAGAGCCUCCUCAACUCUGCAAAUAUCAAUCAAUUAAAUCACAAUAAGUACUACGGACAACAUUACAUAACUUCUGACAUGGCUUAUUAUGAUUUGUGCAUAUAAAAGUGGUGUUAGCUAGUGACAAA